AUGACUGCCUCAACUACAGUUUUUGUUUCUGGAGCUACUGGAUUCAUCGCCAAGCAUGUUGUGAAAGACCUUAUUAAAAAAAAUUAUAACGUUGUUGGAUCAGUUAGAUCAAGUGAAAAGGGGGAUCAUUUAGCUGAGCAAUUAAAUUCUGAUAAAUUUUGUUAUGAAGUGGUUGCUGAUAUUUCUGUUCCCGGUGCCUUUGAUCAAUGUUUGAAAAACCACCCAGAGAUUACUGUUUUCUUACAUACUGCAUCUCCAUUUCAUUUCUAUACUGAUAAUGUUGAAAACGAUCUCUUGAAACCUGCUAUUGAAGGUACCCAUAAUGCUUUGAAUGCCAUCAAAAAGUACGGUCCCCAAAUCGAGAGAGUUGUAAUCACUUCAUCUGUUGCUGCCAUGGCAUCCUUCGAACAAUUGUCAAAUCCAAACCACGUUGUAAAUGAAAACUCAUGGAAUGAGAUCAAUUGGGAAAAAGCCAUUUCUAAUCCAUUCGAUGGAUACUUUGGUUCUAAAACUUUUGCUGAAAAAGCUGCUUGGGACUUUGUUAAAACUGAAAAACCAAAUUUUAUUUUAAGUACUGUCAAUCCAUCCUACGUAUUUGGACCUCAAGCUUUCGAUGAAGAUGCCAAAGGUACUUUAGGAACCUCCGCAGAGGUUAUCACCGGGUUGUUAAGGUUGAGGAAGGAAGAAGAUAUCCCUAAUCAAAGAGCUACUUUCAUCGAUGUCAGAGACGUUUCAAAUGCUCAUAUUGUAGCAUUUGAAAGUGAUGAUGCCAAAGAAAAAAGAUUAGUUUUGAUAGCUGCCAAAGAGUUUUCGUCACAGGAAUUGUUAGAUAUAAUACAUUCCAAUUUCGAUCAAUUUUCUGAAGUUCCAGUUGGUAAACCAGGAACAAAGUCUGGUCAAGACGGUUGCAUCAUGGAUACCAAAGAAACAUUGAACAUUUUAAAAACUGAGUUUAUUGGUCUCGAAAAAAGUGUUGUUGAUUCAAUCCAACAAUAUUCCAAUGCUAAUAACUAA